AUGUCUUCCCUGGCACCCUCUGGCGAGGAAGCCGUCAUCCGGCACAGCAUCAUCCACUACGUCGGCUUCUGCAACAAAGAUGAAGACCACGCUACCGACGGCAAAGACGAUACCCAAACCAGCAGCGACAGCAACGACUGCUGGCGCUGCGAGACUGACCAGGUCGGCAACCGCUACGGCCAAGACGAUGAGCAUGAGAGCCCCCUCGUCCUCCAGACCCCUAUCAGGCGCCAUCACUUCGGCACCUGUGCUCCGGACAAGGUCGAUGACGGGACUACCACCCCUACUGCUGCUGCUGCUACUGCUGCUGCACGCAAACCAUCGGCCGAUGCCAAGACUAUGUCACCGUCACCUACACGAGCACUGCGGGGAACCACGGCCACGUCCACGGCCACGUCCACGGCCACGUCCACGGCACGUCCGCAGCAGCCACAGCAACAGCCGCAGCCACAGGCGAAACCCAGGCUACGACCAAACUUCUCCACCCUCCAGCAGCACUACUCGCCUGCCAAGUCGCGGGACCCCAAGCCCGCCACGGCAGCUUACCUGGCGCCGCCGUCGCCCUCCAAGCUACCGGCCAACCUUGCCGCGUCGGCCGAGACGAGCAAGCUCCAGAACGAACUCCUGCAGCUGCACCUCGUGCACCGGGAGGCAGAAGGCACGGAGGCGCAGUGGCGCGACAGCGCCAAGUCUCGUCUGGGCGAGCGCUUCGCCCGUCUCGUGGCCGACUCGGACAGCGUGACGGUUCGGGAGACGGCUGUCCUCGAACGGGAGAAUGUAUCCGCCCUCCUGCGGGCCUGGGGCGGUGGCAGUGUCGGGAGCAGCGCGGCCGGUCUGGAAGAAAAGUUACAGGCUCUCGACGCCGUCAUGACCGGUCUGUGGACCCUCAGCGAGCCGGGGGGCCGGUACGCCAGGACGGUGCGCCGCUUCGAGCGCUGGAUGGGCGAGGUCGGCGACGUAGAGGACGCCAGGAGGGCGGGCGUGUACCAGGACCGCACGCGCGACGGCGCCCCGCUGUUCGUCAGCGAGCUCGAAUGUCCGUGGAAGGACGACGCCGAGGCCAUGGCGCGCCGGCUCGACGGCUGGCAGCGACAGCUGGACGGGCUAGCGGUACGCCAGCCUAAGAAGGACGAUGGCGACGACGGCAGGUCGCUGCGGGACUCGAGCGUCGCCAAGAUGGUGCAAGGGGCUGGGCAGCUGAUUCGCGGCAUGCUGGCCGAGCUGGCUUUCAUGCAGGCCCUCGAGGUGGAUGCCCUGGCUAGGGAGGAUGUAUGGAUCGACAGGAUGAAUAGGGAGGAUGAUGGGCGUGAUAACAACCCCAAGGCUGGAGCGGUUUGGCGCCAGAUAUGA